UUUAACAAUUUUGAAGCUGAAGGUCGUCGCACCAUAAGCUUUCAAUGGAGAAAGUCGGAGAGAAGAGCGAUGUCGAAGUGAAAGCUUCUCCGAAUCAUCAAAUGGAUGCGGAGGAAGAUGACGAGAAUGUGAAACAGCUUCAGGAGUGUUCUUCUCUCUAUCUUUCUCUACAGGAGUGCCUUAUUGAUAACGACAGGAAUUGGAAAUCUUGCCAGAAAGAGGUUCAAGCCCUGAAGGCAUGCAAUGAUAGGAGGAAGAAAUGAGGAAACACCGCCAGAUGAUACAUUUCGUGAAAUUAGGUUAUACUAUCAUCCAAACACACACUACUUACAAAUAACAAAAUAUCCAUCAUUUUCUGUAGGUCUAUGUAUUUGCACUUGCAAAUCAACCGAUGGUAACUCCAUCUGCUCUUGUUGGGAAAGAUUUGUGGAUUAGCAUAGCGACUGAGUUUUGGAUGAAUAUAAGUGCCUUCUUGCUGUUUUUCACUGAAGUAAACUAGAAAGAGAAAUGCACUUUGAUCU